AUGACACGAGUUUUUGACUACUAAUACUUAGAGUAACUUGCACUCUAAUCAGUUCAGAAUCAAACAGACACUGGGUUAUUUAUACCAACUCCAUUUCCUAUACCUCCAUCCAUAUUAAAUGUGAUUGGAGUACUUUUAAUACUCAUUAUGGUGAUUUUAAGUAAUGCUGGUGGCUUGGGAGGGGGAGGUAAUUUGACUCCCUUCAUUAUGAUUUUUUUCAACUUAUCUUUGAUUGAAUGUAUCCCAAUAGGAAACUUCUUGGGAUUUAUUUCAGCUAUGUGUAGGUUUGUCAUCAAUUUUAGGUAAAAACAUCCGAAUAACCCUAGAAGAUUGGCUAUUGACUAUGAAAUAAUUGAACUAUCUAUGCCAUUACUAUAUUUAGGUACACUAUUCGGCGUGUAAAUAGGAACGAGACUUACCGAGAUUUAGCUGGCAAUUGUUUUUGCCAUAGUAUUAUUUUUUGUAGCCUUUAAAACAGCUGAAAAGGCUUAUAAAAUGAUCAGAGAAGAAAACAAAAAGGCUUUAGCUUUAAAUCAAAAUCAUUUGAGUUAUAUUGAUAAUCAAUAACUUAAGACUAGAUUGCUAAGUGAGGAUUAAGACUUGAUGCUUAAAAACCAUCAGAAAAUGAUACAGCUUUAAAAUGGACUAAUAGAGUAAUCAAGCUAGCUUUAAAGUAUUAUGAGAGAGGAAAGCUAACACUUCACAGUUAAAAGGUGUUUUAAUUUCAUAAUUACACUUGGGUUUUUGAUUAUCACUUCUAUGCUUUUGAACUCUAAAGAUAGAUUUGCAGUGAACAUUUACUAUCAGUAUCUUGCAGUGGGACUAUUCAUAAUUUACUCCCUUGUAUCAACAUACUAUAUCUCAAAGAAUUUGCAAAGAAAUUAUUAUAUCAAACUUAUAGAAGGCUAUCACUUUGAUAAGCAUGAUAUUACCUAUGAGAGCACCAAGCCAAUCAUCAAAGUCAUUUUACUCUGCCAUAUAUCAGGAAUCUUAGGUGGAAUAGUUGGAAUAGCAGGCGGCAUAAUUUUGGGUCCACUGUUUCUUUAGCUUGGUAUGCUCCCUGUUUUAGUUGCAAGCACUAAUUAGUAUCUAGCAUUAAUUUCCACUAUAGCAGUCUCAUUCCAGUAUUGGUAUCUGGGGAUGCUUAAUCUGCAGUAUAUAAUCGUUUUGGGCUCUGUUACUGUGCUUGGAUGCUAUAUUGGUAUUAAGUAAGUUUAAGUAAUAGUGCAAAAAAGUGGAAGGUAAUCAAUAAUGGUUGUUAUUCUUGCUAUUGUCCUCUUCCUAUCAUUUUCAAUGAUCCCAGUUAAAUACUGGCUUAAAAGUUUGGAGUGA